GUCACUCUCUCUCUCUCUCUCUACGGAUACUCUCGCGCGCGCCCCCGCCCCGUCCUGUCCCAUCUUCGCUCGGGGGUUCCAGUUUUUGGCUUUUUAGCCGAAGAGAGAGAAGGGACCGAAAUGGCAUUGAUGGAGCUUCCUCUCCCCUCUCUCUAUCACACAUCCUUUUGAGGCUAGGCCGAACCAGAAGAACCGAGUGUCGGUCGGAAAACCAUGCUUCUUCGUUUACACCAAACCCGCCCCCUUGCCCGCCUUGCCCGCCUGCGCUUUGCAGCUGCAGCUGCAGCUCGCGUCAUUACCGAGCCUUUGUGGGCGCGCGCAGGAUCGGACGUAUUACUACCUCAGUGGAGGAGAAAGCGCGUAUUGGUUUUCUGCGCAUGUUGGAACGCCAAAUGCGGGACCGGGAAGUGCACCCACAUGGCACAGCGCACCCACAAAAGCCACUGUCGUGUGCAUGUGUGUGUGUGUGUGUGUGUGUGUACCUUGGGUAAACUAUGUAUGGUAUACGUGCCCGGGUGCAUCGCAAUCGCAACCAAGCCUCGUUGGCCAAGACACUCUCAUGCGCUGGCGGGAGAUUCGGAGAGCAUGCCGGCCACCCGACCAUCAGCGAAAACGAAGGUGAAUUCGGUUUCGAUAAUCAAAAAGAGAAGCCCAAGGGAGGAAACUCAGAUUUCGUCUCAUCAUGUCCGAAGAUGACGAAACCUUUUCCCUUCGCCGGCUAGUGACGAGGAAAAGCCCCCCCAAGCGCUGCGUGCAUCGUGGCUGGGUCAUUAAGCCUCCGGUCUUUUCGUAAUCUUGGUCGGUGCGUUAAUUCGUCAUACUUCAGGUCAAUUAAGGACAAUAAGAACAUUACGCACAACUCCGUCCCAAGCUGGCAGGGGGGGGGGGGGGGUAUGAGGUCUUGACUUGAUUGGUUUUUUUACUUUUUGUUUUUU